AUGGGAAAUUUUGUUGGACCAAGAAAAAAAUUAUCAAGAGAAGAUUUAACAUUUCUUAAAGAGAAUACACAUUUUACUAAACGACAAAUUAAACAAUGGUAUAAUGGAUUUAUACGUGAUUGUCCAUCAGGUCAAUUAAGUAAAAAAAAAUUUAUUGAAGUCUAUUCUGGAUUUUUCCCUGAUGGUAAUGCGGAAAAAUUUUGUACACAUGUAUUUCGUACAUUUGAUAAAGAUAAUUCUGGUCGAAUUGAUUUUAAAGAAUUUUUAUUAGCUAUUAAUAUAACAUCAGGUGGUGAUCCAGAAGAGAAAUUAGAAUGGGCUUAUCAAAUGUAUGAUAUUGAUGGUAAUGGUACUAUAGAACGAACUGAAAUGGUUGAAAUUAUUCGAGCUAUUUAUUCAAUGCUUGGUACAGAUAAUACAGCUGUGGAUAUUAGUCCAGAAGCUAGAGCUGAAGAAAUAUUUGAAAAAAUGGAUGAAAAUGGUGAUGGUGUAUUAACACGUGAAGAAUUUAUGAAAGGAUGUAUGGAAGAUAGUCAACUUAAAGCUAUGCUAUUAGCUGAUGAUCCAAUUGAAUAA